AUGACGUGGUUUAAUAACCGCACUCAUAUUGGAUGGUCGUUACGGCAAUGUUUUCUUGUAUUAACUUCUGUAAUUAUAUUCAUUUCAUUAAUUAUCGCAGCUCUUGUAAUUUUUAGUCGUAUUUCCAUUAAUUUAUCUAAUCAUGCGGUUCAUAUAAAACCGUCAACUGUUGCAUUUUCCUUUAGUGUCACAUAUGUGUUAGUCGAUGAAUCUAUUCGAUCAUCUACUGAAUUUAAUCUGAAUUCAAUUGAUCGAGUAAAAUUGGCACGUAAUUUUGAAUAUGCUCUUGAUCUAGGUAUUCAAAAUAUAUUAACAAUUCAUAAUAUUUCUCCAAUUACAGUAAUAGAAAAAAGAUCCAAAUCUCGACAUAGAAGAUUUGUACAAUGUAAGCAAGAUCCAAAUAAAAUAAAAGGAUCUGUACUUAUCUUUGAUUUUAAUUUAACUUGUCCAAUUGAUCAUAUAUGUCAAAAUGAAAAAUGUAUUAAUGAAACUAUUGAUAAGAUUUAUAAACACUUUCAAUCUGUUCCAUCAUUAUCAAUUGAUUUUAAAAAUGUAUCCAGAGAAUUACGUUUAUGUUCAAUUGAUGUAUUAUCUCGUACAAUUCGUAAAUUACCGCAAGUCUCUACAACAUCAAUAUCAACAAUUCCAUAUAGGCAUAAUUCAACAACUGUAUAUUCAUCAACUGAAGAAUCUAAUUUGAAUACAUCUGCAUCAACCAUGACGAAAACGAUAAUGACAAAUGAAAGUUCAAAUUCUACAUUGAAUCAAACUAUUGAUUUUUCAUUAACAGAACAAGUACCUCCAUGUCGAAUAUUUCAUACGAGUACAUUGUUUUUUCAAGAUGAUCAUACACUUAUUGUUAUUGGUGCAUCAAAAUUCGAAACUAUUAUUGAUAUGCAAAGAAUAAAAAAACGAAUUAUAAUUAAUGGUGUUAUGGUACAUGAAAAUUGUCAACGAACAUUAGAUAUAUCAACACCAAUAGUCUGCUAUCCUUCUACAGCAUCAUAA